CCGGUGAGACGUCGGGGGAUAUCCGACAUAAACCCACCAGCAGCUUUACUCAUGUCUCAGGAGGAACCGUUCACAAUUGUUAUUGUCCAGCACAAUGAACAUCUAGGCGGGCUUCAAUCGAACGACCUGAACCACAAGCCUAUCUCUUUGUCUCUUCUGCAAUGGGAGGCUCUAAUGCACGACAAAGCUCAUUCACGAAGGACAUGGCCUUUGUCCGACGAAGUCCAGUUGUUCUUUGUCUGUUAAAUGAUAUUAUGUCUUAGGCCGGAAAGGAAAUUAAUAAGUACAACUUAUGUGAACUAUACCAACUCGAUUGUUGAUUCUACUUCUGCUUUCAUCCAAGAUCCCUCGCAGCUCACUAUAGUUAUCGAAAUACGACUUUCUCCAUUAUAUCAACAUACAAUCCAACAUCUCCAGAGAGAGUAUACCAUCGAACAUGUCCUCCGAGCCUCCCCGAGCCCUCAAGCCCAAACGAAGCCGAAGGCAAUCUCUCGUGGCCCGCAAUUAUGCCCGUUACGAAAAGACUCGCCAUCUCACUCCAUAUGCUCUACUCGAGCUCGACCUCCGACAAGAGGAAUGCGUCGCGCAUCCUAUCCGAGCCCGCACCUUCGCCCCGGAAGUAUACAGCCACCUCUCCGAAGCGCAACGAGCCCACCUCCGACAGCUUGCCGAAAACGGUGGGCCCGAUCUCUCAGACCUGCGGGGUGUACGUCCGCCCCAUCGUCAUCCCCAUCCCUGAUUCCCUUCCAUUCUCUGCCCAUCAUCAACCCUAAAAACCCGAUACUGAUACUGAUACUAACAUCACGGACGGGGAAAAUAG